GAUUUGCCGCUACAAUGAAAAAAGUAAUGGUACAAAAUUAUGUACAAAAUUGAUACAAAGAAGGCUUUUCUUGGAUUUACAGAAAAGAGACUUUUUUUUUCCCCCCAGGUCUGUGACACUGAUAUAACAAAUAGUAGCACAGCCACCUAGGCAUUCAGCAUGGGAACUUGGAACUUUUGUGUCAGCUGUUAUUAUAUCAAAGACAAAACCAACCAAACAAAAAAGCGUGGUCAAAUAAAUUCAGUACCAAAAUCUGUACUUGCAAUUAAGUGAGCUGGUUUGGGGCUUGAUCUUAGUACACUGACAUGAAAUGAGAUAAUUGUUCAGCAGACGUAAACCUUUUAAGUGAAAAUGACACAUCCGUGAGGGGACUGUAAAGCUCAUUGGGUAGUUAUGUAAAAGGGGAAACAUUUUUAUCAAGAACAAAGAUCUCGCCUGAUAUAUACUGAUUUGACAGUCUGUUUUUCAAACUUGAUCUGAUAAUUCCUUAGAUCUCUGACCCUUGCCUACCCGGUGACACUGAUGGCGCUUUGGAGCCUACUCAGCCUUGCGUUCUUCUACCAGUGAGGCCACAUAGCUGGUGCACAAUAGAUACUCAUCGACUUGCUGAUUAGACAUCCUUCACCACCCACUCUUCCGUCCCCUUUCUGCGGUUCUCAGGAGCACUUUAUUUACCAAAGUCAGAGAUCAGAUCAUCACUCACAAAUGCGAAAUUUCAGAAUGCGUGGGGGUUAGAGCAGGUGGAAGGAGCCAUUCAAGGCCCCACCCGCCACGUGGUAACGGGCGAAUGAGAAUGUGGAGGGAGCAGGAGUUAGAAGACCACAAGGGAUCUGGAGAGGGCCUUCCAGUGUUCGAGGACCCUGAGACUAGAAGGAAUUUAGAGCGGGAUGAACGGAGUGACCCAGGCCCGAGGGAGCAGGGGCACUGCACCUCUGGGAGGAUAAAGACGCAGAGGUUGAAAGGGAGGUUCUCCAAAUUACAUUAGAUCUUCUAACCCUCCAAGUCUCAGAACGCGAUUCACCUGGGGCCACGGAGACGGAGCCUUCCCUUUAGGCCUCGGCAAACACGUCCCUUCAGGCUCAGCAGGAGGCAGCGUCCGCUACCUAGAGGGGAACGCGCCCCGAAGCCACUGCUUUAACUCACCCAAGUUCCCCCACUGCUAUUUCAGCCCAUUUCCUCCAAUUUUGAGGUAGUCCCAACUAACGAGCUUGCGUCUUUACCCAGAAAAUCCUGCAGCGGGAUACCGAGGUUAACUUUUUGUUUGUAGGGAUUUUUUUUUUUUUUUUUUUCCCGAGGCUACACGUCCUAGCGAACAAAAUCUAGCUGCCUCCGGGCUGAAGCGGGCCCACCCCAGCGGGAGGUCUUUCCAUAUUUUUGGUCUCUGGAACUUUCAGCAACGCGGCGAUCGGCGUGUUUACGAAGAGGCACAGUUCCCGUGUUCAAAGCGGCUAGGUGGGGGGAGGAGGGGCGGUCAGGCACUUCCACUCUUCGGGUGAGGAGAGCCUGAAAGUUUACGUAUUCCUUCCACUGGCCCCGGAGCGCUUAGGAGGGAAAGGGGCGUUCUGAUUGCCUCUUCAAAGAAGGCUCCUCUGCCGAAGCGCAGAUCCCAGGCUCCGUCCACUCUGGAAGAGGAUGAAAGUUGGGCGGGAGCGGGAAGGGGAUGGAGCGCGGGUCGAGGAGGGGUGGGGAAGUCGGGGCGCCCGGGCGGCGCGCGAGCCGGGGUGGAGCCAGCAGCUGGCCACGGCGUCAGCGUUUAAGAUGCAAAUCGAUUCACCGCUCCACCGCCCCCUCCCGCCUAGGGAGCGAGGCUCCGCCGCUCCGCAGCCGCCCCCGCCUCCUGCGCGCAGCGGCGCUCGGGCGGGCGGCUCUACUUAAGCGGCGUGCGGGCCGCCACCCGGCACUCCCCUGGAGCGCGCGGGCGAGGCAGGCAGAGCGCAGCGGGGCUCGCGGGGGCGCACAGCGGCGCGCUCGCAGGGUGCGCUCGGCUCCGCGCGGCUCUCGGCUGCAGCGGCGGCAGUGGCCGGGGCGCAAGGCUGAACGAGCGUCCGGGAAAGCGGCGGCUUCGGCGCGCGGCCCGGCUCCUGGCCACUGCCCUAGCCCGGCCACCUCUUGGCCAUGGCUCUGGCGGACAGCACUCGUGGAUUACCCAACGGGGGCGGCGGCGGCGGCAGUGGCUCCUCGUCGUCCUCGGCGGAGCCGCCGCUGUUUCCUGACAUCGUAGAGCUCAACGUGGGGGGCCAGGUGUAUGUGACCCGGCGCUGCACGGUGGUGUCGGUGCCCGACUCGCUGCUUUGGCGCAUGUUCACGCAGCAGCAGCCGCAGGAGCUGGCCCGGGACAGCAAAGGCCGCUUCUUUCUGGACCGAGACGGUUUCCUCUUCCGCUACAUCUUGGAUUACCUGCGGGACCUGCAGCUCGUGCUGCCCGACUACUUCCCAGAGCGCAGCCGGCUGCAGCGCGAGGCCGAGUACUUCGAGCUGCCCGAGCUCGUGCGCCGCCUCGGGGCGCCCCAGCAGCCCGGCCCCGGGCCGCCGCCGCCGCACUCGCGGCGCGGGGUGCAGAAGGAGGGCUCUCUGGGUGACGAGCUGCUGCCUCUCGGCUAUGCGGAGCCCGAGCUGCAGGAGGGCGCCUCUGCUGGGGCGCCGUCGCCCACCCUGGAGCUGUCUAGCCGCAGCCCGUCCGGGGGCGCGGCUGGCCCACUGCUCACGCCUUCCCAGUCGUUGGACGGCAGCCGGCGCUCGGGCUACAUCACCAUCGGCUACCGAGGCUCCUACACCAUCGGGCGGGACGCGCAGGCGGACGCCAAGUUCCGGCGAGUGGCGCGCAUCACCGUGUGCGGCAAGACUUCGCUGGCCAAGGAGGUGUUCGGGGACACCCUGAACGAGAGUCGGGACCCCGACCGGCCUCCGGAGCGCUACACCUCGCGCUAUUACCUCAAGUUCAACUUCCUGGAGCAGGCCUUCGACAAGCUGUCCGAGGCGGGCUUCCACAUGGUGGCGUGCAGUUCCACCGGCACCUGCGCUUUCGCCAGCAGCACCGACCAGAGCGAGGACAAGAUCUGGACCAGCUACACCGAGUACGUCUUCUGCAGGGAGUGAGCUCCCCACACCCCUCGCGACUCCAACGCACCCAUUCCCUCUCCUUCCUGGCCGGUAGAGGAUUCUAGAUUUUUCCUUCCCACCCCGUGUUCUCCCAUCCCCCAUUCCCACCUCCAGUAGCCGGGCCAGACCCACGAUGCUCCCACCCCAAACGCGCGCGCGCGCGUACACACACACACACACACACACACACACACAAACACUUUAAGAACCUGCAGCCGCAGAUCCUUUGGGCUUCUUCUCUGGACCCCAUUAACCGAGAGAGCCCAGACGUUCCCCUCCACCCCAAGCUUCCUCUGCUCCCUGCCUCAAACCACCCCUCCCCCAGAUUGUCCUUGAGUCUGGAUCUAGUGGGGCAGUGUGGCCACAGAGUCACCGAGAACCUAGGAAUGACUGAAUCGUUCCGAACCUGAUUGGACCCUGUCCAGUGUGUAGAAGAUUCCUUGAAAUCUUCUGAAGCCCUGAUGACUCAUUCGCGGUUUAGGAGAUCAGAAUCGAUAGCACUGACUGAGAAUAGUUAGUUUUAAAAGGUCAUUCAUUACACAGUCUUUUGACCCUCUUUAAAGGUAGGGUUUUAGAAGUGUAGAUGGAAAACUCUGGAGCCGGAAUUAGAAUCCCGCGGAGGCAGCUGAGUGACUAUAAAUGAAUAAAGUUCUAAAAAGUUACAGGUAGAGAUAGGAGAAAAUCUAGUGUUGGCGCAGUGAAGGAGCGUAUGGUUUCCGUGCAGAUUUAAAGGUCUUCGCCUGUGGAUUAAACUUGUCGAAAGUUCCCCUCCUGCCUGAGGAGGCACCCUUUCUCCUGGGCUCACCGCCAGAAACCCUCGGUUCGACUGGUUGACAUGGCAGCCAUUGUUGGCAAGAGGGGAGAGAAAGCUGCCGAGGACAAGGGCAAGACAGCCCAGGUCACCAAGUACUGCGGGAGGUUACCUGGCUGUGACUGUAAAUGCAGCUGGGUAGUAAUGCACGUCGUGGGUAUUCGGAAAUCCCACUUUUUUGCAGUGAAUGGCAGUAGGACCUUAGCUGUUAAGACUGGGGGGGGGGGGAGGAAGGAGGGUAGGAGGGGGUGGGAAGGGAGGAGCAGACAUACUCAUUGAUUAUUUGAAAGUUGGAAGUUUGUGCCAUCCAUUUGAGUUCAUGCACAUUAACAAAAUAGCACACGAAAACAUGCAAAGCAUUUUAUAAAGAUUAAUUACAGAUCUACUCUUACCUGGCAGUUUAUUGAACUAACUGUUUUGAGUCCUAAUCUUAAAGUUGCUGAUGCUUAUGUAACCUAACCAAAGAGUAACCCAGUAGGGUUUUAGUUUUUGAACUUUAUUUUCGUGUUGAUUAUAAGCCUUGAUUUUAAAGUCCAUUUCCUUGAGCAAAAUAUGUUUGAUUUGGAUGACUUAAACUUAAAUUCUCUCAUUAAAAAUCCUUCUUUUCUCGAAGCCCAGUCAAUGUUGACUUCUGGGCAAGCCUGAAAAUGCCACUUUCCUGCAGGUGGUUUGACAUUAAGGUGGAAUCUUUUCAAGUGACAGAGCUGCGGAGAAAUAGAUGUGCCAAAGGCUGCCAUCUGUAGAUAGCUGUAAAGUGGAAUAUUUUUAAGUGAAGGCAAAUAAGUACUUAAAAGUGAGCUGAGCAAUAAAAUGGUGUUCCAGGUAAAUGCAACAGAAACAGAAGGAGACCUGGUUGCCUUAUACCUUUACUCUAACUUGGAAUAAAUCCCCACUGUAUAUCAUAUCUACACCGUAAAUGAAGGGAAAUGAAUCCUUGUCUUUCAAACUGUGAGGAUCCUUUGAAUAUUCUGUGAUGAUGGAGAAGACUUUCCUUUUUCAUUUGUUUUAGCAUCUUUCUCUGAAGUAUGUUUUUAAAAGAUUUUUGUAAGGGUCGUUUUUCAGUGUUUAAAUUAGUGCUAUUUUUUUCUUUUUAAAAAUGAAUCUUGUACUGUAUCUUACUAUGUCUAUAACAGAUGUUAAGAAUUGGAACAGUUUUAUUCUUAGACUCAUGUGAUCCAAUCUGUAUAUACCAUAUAUAAACAUUUUACACGAAUCAUUUAGUUUUUUAAUUCAUUUACUAAUGCUGUAAACUUCCCUAUAUUUACCCCCAGUAACUUGCAUCAGAUGGUGUAUAUGCUAAAGCAACAUGUUUUAAUGAGUUUCUUAUAUCCUUGUCUAUGGGGAAAUUGGGUUAGGGAAAAAACAAAAACAACAUAAUUAUAAAGCUGAAUUUGCUCCAUACUUUUUUGCUUGGAUAUUUGUUGUAUGCUAACAUGUUGAUUAAACUGUCCACUUAAAUCAAGGUACCUGUAUUUUUAAUCCACUAUUUCUUUUUUUUUUCCUAAUUGGGAAAGAGAAGGAUUUGAGGUCUUUCAUUGGAGUUACAUUUUUAGAAAAGUAACAUUAGCUUUAUACACAAAGGCUGUAAUUGUAAGGGAGGCGGAAGCAGAAAUUCAGGAAGUUGUUAUUUGCUUAUGUGCAUCAUAUUAGGUAAUGCAUCAGACUUCACUUUGGUUUGAGGCCUGAAAUGCUUUAGGAAUGUCGCUCACCAGCCAAAAGUGAGUGGCACAGAAAUGUCUCCACCCCAUGUAGUGUUCUGUUAGAUGGUGCAACACAAAGCGCAUAAUUGAGAACAUCUCGGGACAGAUCAAAAGCACUGACAGACAUAUGGCAAGACUGAGAUUCUGAUUUUCUUUGUUACAUCUGCUCAACUCCGGGAGUCAUUGGAAACUGCUUAAGUUUUGUCUCUGCCACUCAAGUCUUAGAAGUUUUAUCUUGUAAAACUAUUCCACUGCUUUAUGCACACAUCUCGCUCCCCCCACAUCAUUGCUGCCCUGCAGUGCACCUCUGCCCCUUUUAUUGUCCGAAGACCAGGAAUUGAAUGGUUAGAUAUAGUAAAGCAGCCUCUCUUUCUGUGAUGACCAUCUCCUCUAAAGUUGAAAGCUGAUACAUGAAAACAUUCUACUUUCAGCCCAAAGUAAAGGCCGGGUAGGAAACUCAUUUUUACAUUGGGUAGAUGGUACAGUUGAGGAAAGAUGACUUGGCCUGGACACUUUGGGGUCCCUUCUCCACCAGGUGCUUUAGGCCACAGAAGGACCCUUAGUGGUCUGCCAAGUGGGCUGGAGUAUUGGUUGUCAUCUGUGAGCUUGGAUGAGCUCUUGAGGGUCCGUUUGAGUAAGCCCUCCACAAAUAUUCAGUAACCUGGGAGGGUGUCAUAAAUUAUUCAGAAAUUAUGACUGUAUUAAUCUGACUCAGAGUAGCAUACAUUUACAUAUAUAAUGGCUCUCAUUACCAUUUGGUUCAUAAAUACUACUGAGUGACAUUAGACUUUAAUAACAAAUUUAGCUUUUUAAAAAGAAUUGUUGACAGUGGUGGUUAAAAAAACAGGUACCAUAUUCAAUGCUUUUGCACCAAGUGUUUGACAGGUUGUCUAUUUUUUAAUACACAUCGGCUAUGAACCACAUUUGUUCUAAUAUUUCAAAUUAUAUAUUGUGGAAAAUAUUUCUUGAAUGUGUGAGGCUUAAAUUUUUUCCUCUUUCAAUAUGAUUUUUAUUCUUGUGUCUUAUUUGGUUUUUGCAUUGAUAGCAAAGUGAUAAUUUAUAAUACUAGCCAAAAUUGACUUCUCUUUCAAACCAGAUCCAUGUAUACAUGGGGCUUGUUGCUUCUCUGGGUAAAUGCUUUAUCUGUGAAUUUUCAGACAAAAUGGGCAACUGGCAAUGCUCAUAACAUAUUCCAAUUUUUAUUGGAAUUUUCCAUGGAAUGUUAUUAUUACAUUAAAGCUAUGUAAGGUGAAGCUUUGAUAAUUUUUUACUUUUAAAAUUAUGAUAAAUUCUAAUCUAAUAUUAAAAAAAAUUUUUGUACUCCACAUGAAAAAUGCUAAAUUAUAGUGCAGGCAUUUAGGAAAGUAUUGAGGGAUUGAAUUCCUUAAGAAUUUCUUUUCUAGUUCUGAGUCAUAAAUACUCAAUUGACUUAAAUUUCUAAAAUUGUAAACUGAGUCUUUUUAUUGUAAAUCUACCAUAGUAAAGCCUUUGGAAUUUUUUUUCUGCUUUUUCCUUGUUACAACUCAUUUAAAAACCGAAUUAGUUUUCUUAGGUGACAUAAACCUGUCUCUUGAGAAAUAAAUAAAACACUCUUGUGUUUCCAGUGGCUGUAGGACCUGAAAUGUGUUUCCUAGAGACGGAAACACAUUCUGUUGAAGUUAACUUUUCUUUGUCACAAUUUUGGAUAAUAAACAUCUAAAAGUAUUAAUGUUUAAAGACUUAUAUUCUCUACUGGGGCCCUUAAAAUUUAGAUGGAAGAAAUCCAACCAGAAUAUUUAUAUUAGAGUAUAAUCUCAUCUGGUAGGAUGAACUAGCUGACCAUGGAUACGUUUUUGUGAUUUUUUUCCCCCCAAGUUGUCUUUUCUAACUUUAAAUGUGUUCUGAGAUAUGCGAACAUUAAUUGUAAUGUCAACUAUUAUACAACUGUCUUUGCAACUUUAUAGGCAGGUGAAUUUUGCUGUUACUAAUGGCCAUUCAUUUAUAAUCUCUGAAAUAGCAUUUGUGGCAUUUAAUGACAAAAGUUAAAAUGUCCAUUAUGGAUGUUAAUUCUGAAGAGCCAAAUUACAUGUUAUUUAAAUUUUUCUGGGCAUCUGAAAAACUCAUCUGCUAAACAACGUAAGUUUCCUCAGCGUCAUCUAGGAUUAUGAAAUUGUUGCAGAUGUUUUCAAAAUUGAAGGAGAAAGGGGAAAAAAAAUCAUUACACAAUGAUCAGACUUUUCUAAUGAAACAGCCAAGAAAAUAAAAUCCUUCCAUAUUUCAAAAACUGAUGAAGUCUUUUCAGACAUAUCUGAACUUUGAGAAUUUCCUCAAUCAUCUAAAUGCCCUAGAGAUUUUGGUUCUCUCUGUUCACAACCAGUUGUAUAACAAAUGCUCAGUAGUGUUUUCCUCCCUGUGUGUGAAGUAAUGAAUCAUUGGUUAUGUGACUUGUUAUGUAUUCUAUUAAACACUAAAGAAUAAAACAUUCA